GGCCAGCGUCGGUCAUCGCCCGGCAAGGUGUCGCUUUCGGCAGCUAAUUACCCGUUUUAUUCCUCGUUUAAGUGAAAUAUUUUGAUACACAUUUACUUUUGACACCCUCGGCACUUGGGGCCAUGGAAAGAAUCAGGUUUUUCGUGUUUUUCUUGGUGCUUUCCGCGUCUUUGCUGGGCAAAGCCGAAGCGGGCAGGAGCAGGACCAGCAACCAGAACAGCUUCCGACGGGCAGCUAACGGCAUCUAUCAGACUCUGAGCAGCGUCUUCGGAGAGGACAACAUUAGAGGGUUAUACAAGUUUUUCUCCAAAGCAACGGAGAGGUUUGUCCAUGGGGUGGACUCUUUCCUGGACACCAUCUGGAAGAUCUGGUCAGAUCUGCUGGAUGUGAUGGGCAUUGACUCUUCAAACCUCAGCCACUACUUCAGCCCCACAUCUCUCACCAACUCCCCAGCACGUGCCCUGCUCCUAGUCGCCGCUGUGCUCUUGGCCUACUGGUUCCUGUCUAUGUUCCUGGGGGGUUUCUUUUACCUGCUGCACGCUGUGUUUGGACGCUUCUUCUGGCUAGCCCGCGUCACUCUCUUCGCCCUAUCCUGCCUCUACAUCCUGCAGAAGUUUGAGGGUGACCCUGAGCGCGCAGUGCUCCCGUUGUGCUUCAUCAUGGCUGUGUACUUCAUGACAGGCCCUGUGGGAGCAUACUGGCGCCGUGGCGGUGGGGCGGGUUCACUGGAAGAGAAAAUCGACCACCUGGACACUCAGAUCAGGCUGCUCAAUAUCAGGCUGAGUCGUGUAAUAGACACCAUUGAACGCACCGGAGACCAGUAGGCACAUUUUAGGUUGAAGCAAAGAUGAGUUUGGGGGGUGGGUCCAGGGGAAAAACUGAUGUAUUUGAUAAGAGAAUACUGUCUCCUACACACAUCUACAGCAACAAAACUACUGGGUAUUUACAACUCUAUUGUCAGCUGGGGACAAAAGUACAAAUGAAAACAGUAUUUUAAUGGCUUGAAUUGAUUUGGGUAACAAGAGAAACUGUUGAAUUGGAGCUUGCACAAAACCAAACAACUUUUUUUUUUCCCUUUGAUUUUUUUUUUUUUUUUUUUUCAAAGUUUUGGAAGGUUUUUUUACAUCUCUGAGGAAGUUGUCGGGAGAUGUCUGAGGUUUUCUAAAUGCUAGCCUACUUCUACACCUCAGCUACUUUUACGAAACUCCUCUAUUUUAAAUUUUUAAGGUUUGCUUAGGCACUGUCAAUGCUUGUGCUUGAUUAAUAAGCAUAUUUUACAUAUAUUUACUUAAUUUGAUCCUUGUAAAUGACCUGGGGGUUAAGUCUCAGUUCUUGUCCACAAAAACAUCUUUCCCCUUUUUUUUGAAGCUACUGCUAUAGGAGGGGGUAGGGUGUGUGGUACCGGGGGGGCAUUGUUGUUUCUAAUAUGUAUAUUCCAGAUGUUGGAAAGUUGUCCAUAGCAAGAUUUAUUUAUUCAAUUUUUCCAUCCAAAGUGUUGAAAUGUAGAUCUAGUUUGUUCCAUUGAAUUACCACCUCAUAGUGACAAAAGCUUGACAUCAGGACCUCUUUUUCUUGAAUAUGUGUGUAGAUGCAGUUCAGUGACCUACUUGAAUAUGUGUGUGUGUUUGUGUGCAUGUGUGAGGGGCAACCUUGUGAAAUGGAAAAACACUGUAUAAAAAGUCAACACCAGACAGGCAGCAAUAUCUCAGGGACUCACCCAACACAUGUUGAACUCAAAUGAGAUAUCAAGUAUGCUAAAAUCAUGUAUUGGUCUCUUCACAAUUCAGAUGUGACUUCUCAUUUUUUCCAGCAUCUUACAAUACUUUGUGUUGAAAUGCUGGAGUUUAAAUCUAGCCUUUUAUUCUUUAUUUAAAUGCCAGCAUGGAGUUAUUUUGGUGAUCUGAACUGUAGCUAAUCGUCCUAAAUAUGUAAACUGUCUCAACACAGAUGCAUCUGUUAUGGUAAGAAUUUUUAAUCAAUUGUAAUAGGAUCUGACCUGAACUUGCAGAUUAAAAAGGUUUUAGUGCCUUUAAUACUGCUGGGAAAAAAUUGUAUUGGAUAUUACUUAACCCUGCUUUUGAAACUAAUAUGAAAGUGAUUAUUUCUCCUAGGAGUAUUUUAAUGGUAGUUUAAAACCAGCCUGCCUGAUUCAUGCACUAAAAUGUUGUGUUAAAAAGUAAUGCUUUGGGUACACUGUUAGUCUGCAUCACCAUAGCUCUCACUAAUUUGUUUGAUAUAUUCUUUUUCUUUUAAUUGUAUAUUUCUGAAGGUGGUUUUCUCUCAUCAUCUCAUUUGUUACCAUGGAUUGGUGUAAGAGAAUGUCCCCUGCACUGCUUGUCUAUGUUUAUAGCAUGUCUUCAUUAAUAAUGUCCCAACAUCCUUUACUCUAAAUUAAAGUUAUUAAAUCUGAACUCUGUAAUCACAGUUUUGUUAUAACAAAUGACCCUAAUGCUGUGCAGAUCUUUUUUUGGAGGUGGUGGUGGUGCUGAUGGUUGGAUAAGGUCAUACAUCAGACAUCAUGAUUGUGUUAAUCGUUUUGAUUUACAACUACCAGUAUAUGUAGUGGACUGUAAUUUUGUUUCUCUCAAUAGUGUGGGUGCUAUGACAUGCAUUGUAAAUGAAAGGUGUUGUAUCAACAGGUCAGGGUUGCAGUGGCCUUCUGGCUUCACAGUAUACAGGGUGUAUCAAAGAGAGUCAUCCGGUUUAAAAGUGCUUUAAUUCCGUAGGUGUUCACAGGUAACAAUCAAAACGUACUGCUAGAGAGAAGGGAUUCAUGAGUUUUACGCGUUUUAAAAUUUACUGCUGUCUCCUGUAUGUAUAUCUUUAAAGAAUAUAGCCGAUAGAAUUGGAUGGUUCUCUUUUUAAACACCCUAUAUAGUGGACUUUAUCAUACAAUUUGUAUUUGCUUAUAUACUAUUGGGAGAAAAGCUCCACCCACCAACUACUUUUAUUUUGAAGUCUGUUACUGUACUUUUAAGGGUCGUUUUUGUUUUUUUGUUUUUUUUCUUCAAACCGAUACACUAAUAACUGUGUACCUUGAAACCAUGAUUUCUUUGUAGGUUGUUAUACCAUGAAAAUCUCAUCUUGUGUAAUUUUAUGCCAAGUAUAGAAAGAAAAAUGAACUUGUUAGCUAUUUCCCAGCGCUGUCUGAUAAUUCCCAUGGAGUUUAGGUUGUCAUUAAACUCCAUCUCAGAAUUAAGCCUGAUGAUGGCAAACUUCAAUAACUAUAUAAACUCUUAGUGUCUCCUUAUUUUGCCCAGAGUGCCAUCAGCCAGCCCAGGUCACCCAUAUAUCCCGUGUAACCGGAGAUUUUCCUGCAUGCUUAUCUUUUAUGCCUAUAAUGUUGCAUUGCAUUACAGUAUAUUCAUGUUAUUGACUGCCUAGGCAGAGCCCUUAAGUAUGUGUGAUGGGGUUGAAAUAGCCAGAAGUUAAUUACUUUUGGAAUUGUGUUAUAAGUGUUGUUCUUCUGCACUGAUGAUUAAACUGUGUAUGCUGUUUGCUAUCAUUACAAUCCUGAGCCGGACAGACUCUCUCCCGUCAUUCCAUUAUCACUGUGUCGCUGACAUGGAGUCAAAUUUUAAAGUACUUAAAACAAAAUUAUCAUUUUAUGAGCUGUAAAUGAACAGUCUGGCCAGUGACCUUUGUUUAACUACUGGCAGCAUGUGAGGUAAAUAAAGGUAUAUUAUAGUGUGUGAUAUUGAUGUAUGUUGAUGGGUUUUAGUAUAUGAUGGUAUUGUAUUGAAUCCGGAAAAGGCCAUGCGGUUGGUUUAGAGAGAAUUCAGGAUUUUGGUGGCUAUUUAUCAGACUUUAAAUUCUAGACACUGAAAACUGUUUAAAAACAGAUACAACUUGAAACAGUUUCUCUUUAAAGUACCCAGAAGUUCUUACACUGCUGUCUAACAUCUUGAAAACACUCACAAACCAGCUCCAAGAGGGAGAUGUUACCAUUCCUUUUAGAUAUUAUGGAAGCACUUGUUCAUGUUUUAAGUUGCUGGCAGCUGUAUGUCUCUUCAUUUACCAUGUAGAUGCCAAAAGAUGCCAGUAGAUCCUUCUCGGCAUAGAAUAUAUGCUGCAUUCAAAUUCUAUUUAUUCCAUGUUAACAACAUCAUCUGAAUGACAUGUACUUCUUUCUUUUUAAUGUACUGUAUCUUGUGUAUUUCUCUGUUUUCCACAUAGCCUGCUUUUAUAUUGUGCCGUGCCAAUAAUGUAUUUUCUUUUGUUUUUACUUCAAGGGAAUUAUUUGUAACUGCUGAUUUUAGAGUAGAUGCAGAUGGCUUUUCUUUUUCUUUUUCAUAUCACCACUUAAUGUUUUUAGGCCUUUUUCUUUCUUUCUUUGUUUUUAAUGAGUAUUUUUGUACUCAGUUGAUGUUUGAAGAGCCAAACUAUUCUGCCUGCUGUUACUUUCUGUUUGGAUGUUUGUGUUUAUGAAAACUUGUCAGUGGGGAUGCGGUUCUUUUUGUGCCAGAGUGAAAAUGAGGUCCAGAUUUAAAUAAACACCAGAUUAUGACUGAA